AAAGAUGUAUUCUCUCUCCGGAAAGAGAGUUGGGAUGGUUGGUGGAGUCUUCUUCAUUGACGACCAGCGAUGAUGAUGACGGUGUAUUCCAAGGUGGAUUGCUACCAAUCUUCACGAGUGGCACAAAGUGAAAGAGGGAAAAGAAAGACAUGGUGAGAGCCAGUGCUGAAGAGAGAAGAUCAGAGCCUAACACGGGGAGACCGACCCAUUGGGAAGUCACCAACACUCAAGUAUAUGCACCGCUUAAGAGGUAAAAGAGCAGAAUUGUGGACUCUCUCUGGUGGGGAAUCAUUCGAAAGAGGUAUCAUAUAAAUUGGCUGUACGUUCUGCAAACGGUAUCAUAUCAUCCUUGCAUCUAUUCGACGCCAGUUGAGAGAAAACACCACGGAGUGAUUAUUGUGCAUUCGAGAGAGCAAUUCUUUGUAUUUCGAGGGUUGUUUUCACCAAAAUUUUGUUAAUUUUUUAACCAAAAAAAAAACAAGUUCCGACUUAGGGCUGUUGCACGAUAGAUUCAAAUAUCCUCCCUCGCAAAUGGCAAAGUUAGUUAUUGGAAUUUUGUGUGUUGUGGCAGUGGUGACGGCACUUCCGGCCGAGGAAACACGGGGUCACUCCAGGAAUGCCGUGAGCACAGACAACGAUCUCCUCGAUGGCAUUUACCACGACUGCAUUAACAAGGACUCAGUGUCAUGUGUGAAGUACAAGCUGUUUAAUUUUGUUGACAAAGUUGUGAUGCAAAAGAACGUGUUCCCACUCACGGAGGGUGUUACAAUUGUGAAGACACCUGGGGCUGAAUAUGAGGGUGCCCCACGAAGCAUCGCUGGUGAUGAAUCUGUUGAAUCUCUGGUGUGGAGCCGUCUUCAGCACUUCCUGCACACGCACACCAUCAAGGUUGACCUUAAAGGAUCUGAUGUGGUGAAUGCUGUUGCAUCCACCGGACGUGCCCUGGAGGAUGUGUCGGACAACCUGUUCGGCGAGGAGGAAUCCACAGCUGCUGGUGAGAGUCGUGGCAAGAAGAAGAAGGCUGCCAAGAUCCUUGGACCCCUGCUCCUGGCUGUAGCCCUCAAGGCUGCCGCUCUCCUGCCCCUCCUCCUCGGAGCCAUUGCCCUGAUUGCCGGCAAGGCCCUGCUUGUUGGCAAGAUUGCCCUCGUGUUGUCUGCCAUCAUUGGUCUGAAGAAACUCCUGUCCCACGAGAAGCACGUCACUUACGAGGUCGUCGCUCAUCCACACCACUCCUCCAGUCAUUCAUCCAGCCAUGGUGAUGCCUUUGUAGGCUCUGGCUUUGGUGGUGGUGACGUCGGUGGUUACGGUGGAUCCGGACACGGUGGCUGGGGACGUUCCGUGGAUGCCCAGGAUCUGGCCUACAAUGCCCAGAAACCCUAAACGAACCAUCACUGACCCACUUUCACGACACUCUUAGGCCAAAGUCCUCCCACUCUCACCCAGAGAGUACUGGACGAUGAAUUUCUUUAAUUUUUAAAAAGAAACUCUAUUUAAUCUCUCUUUCGUAGGUCCACAACUUACUAUCCUACCUUCCUAAUUUAUUUUAUUUCAUUUCAAGCAAUCUCUCUAAAAAAAGACGAAAAAAAAUAAUGAAAAAAGAGUAGAAUAUUUAUACAACGCAUCUCAGAUGAAGAUAUGUUUUUAUGUUUUUAUUUUAAUUAAUGAGAAUAUUUUUAUUAGCUAUUCUUCUUCUAGACUCAGUACCGCCAAUGCUCGGGGCUUUGUAAGGUCAAAGUACGAUUGUGGAAGGCAAUUGCACUUUGACAAAUAGUGUUUGUUAGGUUCGUAAAAAAAACACUUAAUUUAUUUAUUUAUAUUUUGUAAUAUUGAUACAAGAAAAGCAAAAUAAUCGACGAUGAACUUAAGACGAACAAACAGAAAUUAUUGUAUACUUUAGAAAACAAUGACUAACGAAACAAAAUUUCUAUCAAUGAAAGAUAUUCUUUGGAAAAGAUAGAAAACAAACAAAUCUAUUGUAAAAUCCUUAAAAUGGAUUCUUCUCUAAUUCUUUCCUAUAGAACAUAAGUUUAUUGUAUAGUCUUUUUAAGAUGUACAAGAUCUUAUUUUCAUUUUCAAUCUUCUGCUAUUAUUUUACUUAAGAAAGAUGUCAGAAGGGAGCAAAAUUGUCACUAAAAUCUAAUUCUAUUUUCUCAUCUAUCUCAAGUAGUGCAAAUGAUAACACUUUUCUAUCUUAAUUUCAAUCUCACCUUCAAUUUCCAAAAAAAAAGAUAAAACAAAAAGAAGCACAUCUAUUGUGAAAGUAUUAUAAACUAUUUAACUAUUUACUAUUAACUAUUUCUAUUUUUAAAAAAGAAUAAUUUUAUAAGACUUACCUCGACUUUCUCUAUUAUGUAUAAAUAACUUAUUACUUUAUUUCUUUCUAGAAAAUCUAUGACUGUUUUUUUCACAAAUUUUCUCUGUGAAUUCUAUAUGCACCUCAGAUAAAUAGUAAGAUUAUAAAAUGAAAAUGAAUGAGACAAAUUUAACUCUUGUAAUAUUUACAACUUCACCUUCUAUAUAAAAUUGUACAUAAAACAACUUGCAUUCUUCUAUAAAAUACUUAACAUACUUGCUCUGUUUUAUUUGUCUUCUCCUUGUAGAUUGACCUUUUAUUUAUUGUCUUGAGAUUUGCACUCUUGUACUCAGCUGCCUCAAAUUGCGCCAUUAACUUGCCAUAGAAAUUUAUUGUUGCUGUUUAGAGACACCUUUCUAACAAUUUCUCUCUCUCACAAUCUUUCUUCUUCACCUGGAUUUUAUCUUUUAUCUCCUAUACCGCAUUCUUUAUUCUUUUCACGUGCAACAUACCAUCGACAUACUAAAAAAAAAAUCACAAGACUUCAGAAGCUUCUCUUCGACGUGUUACAAUUAUUUCCGACCAAAAAUCUCUGUCUUACUCCAGUAGUUUACAUCUUUUUGUGAAUCUUUACCAUCCCAGCAAGAAGCAUCAUUUUAUUAUAUUUUGAUAUACAUAAUAAAGAAGGUAUAUAAAAAAAAGAAAAA